GGAGCCAGCUAUUAGGCUUGCAAGUCAGGUUCAUUGUGCUGUGCAUCAGUGUGGUGAGGUACAAGUACAAUGAAAACCUCCUUGCAGUGGCACCACAGGCGUGCGUGUAGAGUCAGACAGCAGACAAAACACUAGCCAUACGUAAAUGAUACCAGACAAUGCAGAAUGAGAGACUGUGCGAAACGAGACGCCAGUGCAAGACAACAUAGUCAGAAGCAAGUCCAUGGUGCUGCUGGAGGUGACCCAUGGUGUUCCAUCGCUGAGGCUGCAGAGAUGUUUACAGUGACAGAAUUCAAGUGGUUGACCGAUCCUCAAACAGCAUAUCGCAUACUGAAGCCUUGGUGGGAUGUUUUUAGCCACUACAUCUGCAUGGUGAUGCUCCUGAUUGCACUGCUGGGUGGAACCCUUCAGAUUGCUCAGAACAAAAUGCUUUGCCUUCCUUGCAAAGUGGUGGUCGACAACCAUUGCAAGCCCCCUUGGUACAUGAACAAUGCGUCGAGGAAUCCGAAUGGAAGCUUCCCUCCUCUGAGCGGGAUUAAGAACCUUCUCGACAGGCAACAGUAUGCCUUCAUUGACGCCGUGUGUUACGAGAAGCAGCUUGAUUGGUUCUCCAAGUUCUUCCCCUACCUGGUGCUCUGGCAGACGCUUCUGCUCUUGAUGUGCAGUAACUUCUGGUUCAAGUACCCCAGCACCAGCUCCAGGCUCGAGCAUUUCAUCACCAUCCUCCUCAAGUGCUUCAACUCCCCCUGGACCACUCGGGCUCUGUCCGAGGCGGUGGAGAUUAGUGGUGAGAAGCUGCCUUACCACAAGACCAGGUUGAUGGCUAGCACGUCCUUCUCUUCCGUGCCUGGCGAGGCGGCCACCAAGUCUGCGCAGAGCAGGGUGAAGCUUAAUCUGGCAGACGCGGCUGAGAGAACUAUAUUGGACCAGAAGGAAGGAGAGCAGGCGAAGGCUAUUUUUGAAAAGGUGAAGAAGUUCAAAGUACAUGUUGAAGAAAAAGACAUUAUCUACAAACUGUACAUGUGGCAGAUUAUUAUAAAGGUCUUCCUAUUAAUUGCUAUCAUUGUCUAUACCCCUUACUCUGUUACUGAGAUGAAAUUUGAUAUCAAUUGCAAAGUUGACAUCGAGAUAUUUACAGGAUACAGACAGUACCACUGUGUCCAUUCUCUGGCAAUCAUGUUCAAGGUCUUAGCAUCUUUUUAUGCUAUACUGGUGGCAGUACACGGACUGCUAUGUGUCUAUAGCCUGUAUUGGAUGCUCAGACGUUCACUGAAGCAAUAUUCCUUUGAGACUGUCCGAGAGGAAAGCAGCUACAGGGACAUUCCAGACAUUAUAAACGAUUUUGCUUUCAUUCUUCACCUCUCCGACCAGUACGACCCCCUUUAUUCAAAGCGGUUCUCGGUCUUCCUUUCAGAAGUCAGUGAGAACAAGCUGAAACAGAUUAACCUGAACUUGGAGUGGACUGCGGAAAGGCUGAGGUAUAAACUGCAGAAGAACCCUCAGGACAAGGUCGAGUUGUCCAUGUUCAUGAUCAGCGGACUGCCUGAUGCUGUCUUUGAACUGAAGGAGCUUGAGGUACUUAAACUGGAGCUCAUAACAGAAGCCAAUUUUAAAGCGUCAAUGUCUCAGCUGACUAACCUCAAAGAGCUCCAUCUUUACCACACGCCGACCAUUGUGGACCUGCAGGCAUUGAACUGUUUAGCCGAAAACCUGCAAGUACUGCACAUCAAGUUCACUGACAUGGAGAAAGCUCCACGUUGGAUUUUUAAUCUGAAGAAUCUGACAGAGCUUCAUUUAACAGGUAACUUAAAAAUGGAAAAGAACAACUUUGUGUCUCUGAGCGGCCUUGAGAACCUGAAGAAAUUAAAAGUUCUACACAUGAAGAACAGUCUUCCUCACAUUCCAGCCAUUGUCACUGGUACAGGACUCCUCUUAAACAAACUGUGCAUUGAUAAUGAAGGAACCAAACUAACUGUGUUCAAUACACUGAAAAAUAUGGUAAGUCUCACACACCUUGAACUUCAGAACUGUGACCUAGAACGCAUUCCACAUUCCAUUUUUAGCUUGUAUAAUCUACGUGAGAUUGAUCUGAAAGGCAACAGGCUGAAGACCAUAGAAGAAAUUAUUAGCUUCCAGCAUUUGAAAUGGCUCUCGUGUCUUAAACUUUGGUACAAUGCAAUAGCAUACAUACCACUGCAAAUUGGAACUCUUUCAAACCUGGAGCAGCUAUAUCUCAACAAUAACAGAAUAGAAACCAUUCCAACACAACUUUUUUUAUGCAGCAAGUUACGAUACUUGGACUUCAGCAAUAAUCACCUGACUACAAUUGGUGAUGAGAUCAGUGAACUGACUCAUCUUCAGUACCUUAAUGUUUCCAACAACAACCUGGAAGUUUUACCAAAUGGACUUUUUCUGUGCAAGAAACUGCAGACUUUGCUUGUUGGGAGAAAUAGCCUGACAAUAUUACCUCCUACAGUGGGUGAUCUGGUGAACCUUGUGUCCCUUGAACUUAUUGGAAACCAGUUGGAGAUCUUACCUGAAGAACUGAGCCGAUGCAGCUUAAAACAGGGUGGGCUUGUGGUGGAAGAGAUCCUGUUAAACACAUUACCUGCUGCUGUCAGAGAACAUUUGAAAGGAAGUGAUAAAGACCAAGUAUAAUCAGAACACGUUUCCAAAUUGACUCAUCACUUGCAGAUGCUAUGGGAAGAAAUCUCCAUUUUCUAUUCUUGGUGAGGACCUUGGAUUGCAGCCAUGUGCAUUUUCAGUGAGAGAUGCCAGGCACCCAGGAGACAUACAUACUCUCCUCCCCCACAAAAAAAAUCACUAAAUGGACACGUGAGGGAAUAAGUCGAUCUUUGUGAAGUAUUGUGCUAAGGGAGAAGGAAAUGAAUUGAACAUUAAUCAAGAAACUGAAAAUGGCAGUGUAAUGGUAAAUCAGUCAUCCUCCUUAUAAGGUGACACCAGUUUGCUGCUGCCUGGCUUUUUGUAACAUUUGCAGGACAUUUAAA